AUGACUGAAGUCAUCACCCUCAAUCCUCAUGACAUCUUCAACGACUUCACCCAAGGGACAAAUGUCUUUCUCCGCAAGUCCGCCAAGAAGCUCACAGGAUACAAGCAAGUUAUUGGUGAUGAACCAGUUGAUGCCUUUGUUCUAAAUGAUGAGCAAUUUGCAAGUCUUCAGCUCUACGUCAAGUCGGCCCUGCAGAUCCCAGCAACAACGGAGCUGUUCCAGGCUCAAAUGCACCUUGCUCUGGUUCCUAUUCAUCAACAUUGCGAGGUUUUUCUUACUCAAGGCAUCAAUCCCAUGAUCGGUCUCGCACACACCGUCGUUGAGUACUCCAAGGAUGCAACAUCAUAUCUCGAGGCUCUCAAGGUGGAGCUGGACGUCAUAUGCGACAAGACAAUUCCUCCGUCAAGCGAAGAAUCGAUCCAAGCGAAAGAAAACGCCACAGAGAUCUUGAAAGCGCUGAAAGAAAGCGGCACGUCCGUGAGUAAGCAAAUCAAGAAGAUCAUUACAGUUACAGAGAAGUUCAAGAGCGAGACCGAAAGCGACGCUUCUGCGCUUUCCACCUUGCAACAAAUGUUAGACCUGAAGCUGUCCCAAAAGGACCUCGACAACGCCAUGACAAAGCACAUGGCCGAAUCUCGGGAAUCGAUUCGGAAUCUGAUCAGAACGCAGCAGAGGGCAGCGUCGAACCAAGAAUACGUCGAUACCAGGAAGUGGUAUUUCAGGAUCCCUGGUCUCGGCAAUUUGCUGUUCAAUCAAGGAACAUACGAUCUGGAAGAGUCUUUGAGGAAGUAUCGAGACGCCAAUAAAGCUUUUCACGAGACUAUCGCUGCGGGAGACGACCAAAGAAUGAAGUUGCUCGAGUCUAUUGAUAACGCUCGUGCACUGAUCAACAACGUGGGCAGUGUCAAGAGCCAUAUUGAGGAGGCACGCAAGUCACUGGUCAAUAUCAUGGACGGAAUGAAUUCCAUGGAUAAAUCAUGUGAUAGCCUCAUCUCCAAGCUGAGCAGCGUCAGCGGCCAGAUAAAGCCUGAAGCUCCUGGCAGUGAUCAUAUGACCACGCUCUUUGUUGACAAGGCUGUGCAAGCGUGGAAUGGGGUCUUAUCAUCUGCCCGCGCCUUUGCCAAGUACGGCUUGAUCGAAGACGCUCAGAAGGUUGAAGUCCCCAAGCCCAAGAUCCAGCCGGUAAUCCUCGCAGCUCACUACGCCGGAAUCACUGUCACCGAUCUGGCCAAGAUGCAGCUCAACUACGGCGACAAGAUCGUCAUCGCCACAAACAACCUCGAGUUUCCUCCUCGUAUGCAAGGAAAGCCAAAAGCCCUCAGCAUUCUCUAUCGAUUCGGCGACGAUGCCAAUUCCACGCGAGUCUUUGUCUGCCAGACGGAGACAGGGCAAGUUCACACACUUACUCCUGAUCAGGACAUUCCUGGUGUUGUAAAGCCUGUUAACUUCCAACACGGUCGGAUUGAGAUUCACUCGAUAGUCUACGGUCUCCGCCAGCUUACUGAUGAGUUUGCUUAUAUGAUGGUUGUCCCAUUUGCUGAAAAGUUUGGGGCCGUGCCCGUCAAUAACGCAACUCUUCGGGUUACUGCUGACAAUGAUCCUUGGUAUGGGCAACUCAAGACAGCAGCAGUAUUUUACUCUAUAGGGGGGAUCAUUGGGUGCGCAUCUGGAACCGAGUACGAUUUUGUCAUCUUUGGUGGUAACUAG